AUGGAUCUUGCGAAUACGCUCAUUCGGACUGUGGUCCGCGCCUUCUACGAGACCCGCCACAUUUUGGUGGUUGAUGCGCUUUUCAUCCAUUCGGUACUCCAUGCCGAAGACCUCGCCUUUCUCCUAGGCAUGCAACAGAAGGAUCUCCGGAAGCUAUGCGCCAAAUUGCGCGAGGAUCGCUUAAUAUCGGUUAAUACCCGAGCAGAAAUACGGGACGGCUCAACUCGCCCCGUUAACCGUGAAUACUAUUACAUUCCGCUACACCCGGUCAUCGACGCUAUUAAGUUCAAGGUCUCGAAGUUAACAUCAACCAUUAAGGCUCAGUAUACGCCGAGCGAAGAACGGAAGGAGUAUAUCUGUUUAAGAUGCGGGGCAGAAUGGACCGAACUUGAUGUGCUGAGCUUGUACUCUGAAGAAGGGUUCGAGUGCCAAAACUGCGGGGCUAUUCUUGAACGGACAGAAGAUGUCAAGGGGGCGGAAGGGAUUGACCGUACUGGCCACGAGAAGAAUAGCAAGCUCAUGGCUCAACUGGACACUAUGCUGAAGUUGCUUAAACAAAUCGAUUCUGUCGAAAUCCCGCCGAACGACUUCGAUACCGCUUGGGAUCACAAGAUCGAUGUCGUGCGAAACCAGGCUACUCACCCAACACGAGCUGCAGUUGUUGUGCCAUCUAAGAAACAGGAAGCUGUUCGCGGUAAUACUAAGACUGAUGCCGGGGCUCUUGAGAUUUCCCUCACAUCUAGCGAAGAAAAGAGCGCUGCCGAGCAAGCGGAAGAGGCCGCACGUAAGGCCGCUGUGGAGAAGCAGAAUGCGCUGCCAGUGUGGCAUACACAUUCGACCGUGUCUACAGGCGCUGGAAAUCUCAAUACGGUGAAGACGGAGACGGACGCCGACGUGAAGUCCGAGAUCAAGGAGGAAGAAGAUCGAAAGCCGGAUCUCGAUGCCCUCGACGACAAAGUCGCCGCCUACUAUGCCGAAAUGGAAAGGGAAAAGGCCCUUCAGGCCCAGGAAGAUUCCAGCAGUGCAGAAGAGGAUUCCGACGAUUUCGAUGAAGAGUUCGAGGACGUUGGUGGUGUUUCUGCGAGCGACACUGCGUCACCGGCUAUUGGCGGCACUGGCGCUGGCCCUACCAGUGCACCUACGAAUACAACGUCCAUGGGAAUAAAGCGCGAGUUCGACACAGACUCUGGAACCAGCGCUCCUCAGACAGCUUCAGCAACACCAUCUGCUACCGAUGAAGGCCCAGCAACGAAGAGGGUCAAAGUCGAACCGGAGGUCAAGAAAGAGGAGUCUGAUGAAGAUGACGACGAGGAAUUUGAAGAUGUUUGA